GGCGCGCCGCGAUGGGGAUCCUGGAGAAGAUCGCGGAGAUCGAGAAGGAGAUCGCCCGGACCCAGAAGAACAAAGCCACCGAGUACCAUCUGGGCCUGCUGAAGGCGAAACUCGCAAAAUACAGAGCUCAGCUCCUGGAGCCUUCGAAAUCAGCCGCCGCGAAAGGCGAAGGGUUUGAUGUGAUGAAGUCUGGAGAUGCCCGGGUGGCACUGAUCGGGUUCCCCUCCGUGGGUAAGUCCACAUUUCUGAGUUUAAUGACCUCCACUGCCAGUGAAGCGGCUUCCUACGAGUUCACGACGUUGACCUGUAUCCCUGGAGUUAUAGAGUACAAAGGAGCCAACAUUCAGCUUCUCGACCUGCCGGGGAUCAUCGAGGGAGCUGCACAAGGGAAAGGUCGCGGGCGCCAAGUGAUUGCCGUGGCCCGGACCUCGGACGUGGUCAUCAUGAUGUUGGACGCCACAAAAGGGGAGGUGCAGAGAGCUCUGUUGGAAAAGGAGUUGGAAUCGGUGGGCAUCAGGCUGAACAAAUUGAAACCCAACAUCUACUUCAAGCCGAAGAAGGGAGGGGGCAUCUCCUUCAACUCGACGGUGACGCUGACCCAGUGCUCCGAGAAAUUGGUGCAGCUCAUUCUCCACGAAUAUAAAAUCUUCAAUGCUGAGGUCCUCUUCCGGGAAGACUGCACACCGGACGAGUUCAUCGACGUGAUCGUCGGCAACCGGGUCUACAUGCCCUGCCUUUAUGUGUACAACAAAGUUGACCAGAUCUCAAUGGAGGAAGUUGAUCGCCUAGCUCGGCAACCCCACAGCGUGGUCAUCAGCUGCGGCAUGAAACUCAACUUGGAUUACCUGCUGGAGAUGCUGUGGGAAUACCUGGCCCUCACCUGUAUCUUCACCAAGAAAAGAGGCCAGAGACCAGACUUUGGAGAUGCCAUAAUUCUACGGAAAGGUGCCUCUGUAGAGCACGUGUGCCAUCGGAUUCACCGGACGUUAGCCAGUCAAUUCAAAUACGCUUUGGUUUGGGGCACCAGCACCAAGUACAGCCCGCAGCGGGUUGGGCUCAACCACCUGAUGGAGCACGAGGACGUGAUCCAGGUCGUCAAGAAGUGA